GUAGACUGAUAUAGUUUGGUGCCAGGUUUAAUAAGGACGAAAGCUUCAGUGUAUGUCAGCGCCGGUGACCGUGGGUCGAUUUUGCUGGUGAAGUGACAUAAGAAGACGGCGACCGGUAAACAGCUGGUGUUUCUGUGAAACGUCGGAAUGACAGAGUAUGUGAACUUGGUUAUUCACCAUGGUGGUAAAUGGGACUGUGCAAAAAAGAAAAGGGAAUAUUUGGGGGGUGAGGUGACCAAAAAGGAAAAGGUAGACAUUGACUACCUCAGUAAGUUCGAAUUGGAUGGGUAUGCAGAGGACUUGGGCUAUAAAGAUGGUGUACAAAUAUGGUUCAGAAGGUUUGCAAUUAAAGAUGUAUGUGGCCCAGCUGCUUUACAAGAAAUUGAAUGUGAUAAGGAUGUACAUGACAUGCUUCUUUCCAACAUAAUGGACCCAUACAUUGAAUUUUUUUUUGUCUCAAAGAAGAGUCCAAAAGGGAAAGGGAAAGCAAAAGUACCAGAAGGCCCCUCAAACCCUUCCCAAAGUGCAGAUGCGACCCCAAAUUGUGAUUCAACUCCAUGUACUGAUAUAGCCAUAACCUGUGAUGCAAGCCCUUUUUUACAACCACUCAUCCGUGUGGAGUCAACCCACACUCCAUUACAAUCCCAGCCUGAACCUCAGGGUCUUCAUGCAUUUCUACAAGCACAAUACCACAGUGAUACUAAAGAUGAAGAUUACCAACUGUCAAGUAGUGUGAGUGAAUCUAGUUCUGAAAAGCGGUCUCUUUCACAUGUUAGUCAAGAUGAAGCAAGCUGGUUAUAUCAAGAUCUAGAAGGCAGUGAAGAUGAAGUUUUUCAGGAUUUGAUCAGUGAAGAUGAAGCACCCCAGUUUAAUGAAGUUCAUGAUGAGGGAUAUACACCUGACUUUAAUGAAAACACUGUGGUUGACCAAGACUUAGAUGAGUUCAAUGAAGAGGCAGCCUACAGUGAUGACCUUCAAAGCUAUAAUGGAUCUUCAGAUGAUGAGGGAAAUACUCCUGAUUUUAAUGCAGACAAUGGAUCUAAACAUGGUGAUUUGUGCAAAGGUAUGAGAUUCACAUCACAUGUGGAAUUCAGAAAAGCUUUAAAGGAGUGGGCUGUUAAAAGUGCAUUUGAUUUCAAGUAUGUAAACAAUAGAAGAGCUAACAUCACUGUGGUCUGCAAAAAUAAGGAAACUUGUUCAUUCCGGGUUCAUGCAUCAAAACUGAGUGAUUCUGGAUAUUUCCAAAUAAAGACUUUCAGGCCCAAACAUGAGUGUUCCUUUAGUAAUCGAAAUAGUCUAGUGACAAGCACCUAUUUGAGUGAGAAAUUUCUUGAUGAGUUGAGAGACAAUCCAAACUGGAUGUUUUAGCAAUGCAAAAGACAAUUCAAAGGCAACUUAGGGUGCAGGUCAGUCUUGCCAUGUGUUAUAGAGCGAGAGUUAAAGCAAAGGCCAAGAUUGCAGGUGAUAUCACAGAGCAGUACAGGAGAUUAAGAGAUUAUGCUGCUACUGUCCUUAAGUAUAAUCCAGGUAGUCUUGUCAAGAUUAAAACUGAGGUACUCUCUGAGGAGGUCCAACAAGCAGCUGUGAGUGAGGCAGUUCCUUCAAUACCCAAAGAGGUCACAAUAUUUCAAUACAUGUAUAUGAGGUUCACAGCUCAGAGACAAGGCUACUUUUCAGGUUUAAGACCCUUAAUCUGCUUGGAUGGGUGCCAUGUGAAGACUUCAAUGGGAGGACAACUUCUAUGUGCAGUUGUCAGGGAUGGAAAUGAGAAUAUGUUUCCCCUGGCUAUUGCAUAUGUUGACAGCGAAGACAAAGCUUCAUGGACUUGGUUCCUACAGGUUCUCUUUGAAGACUUUGGAAGACCAGAAGAGACUAAGUGGACUUUCAUGUCUGACAAAUAGAAGGGGUUACUUGAGGCUUUUAAGGCUGUCAAUCUAUUGAAUGAGCAUAGAUAUUGCUUAAAACAUAUGUAUGAGAACUAUAUGAAGGUUUUCAGGGGUGGGGAGUACAAGAAAAAGUUGUGGUUAAUAGCAAGCACUGGAAGUUUAAGGUCCUGGCAAAGACAUAUGGAAGCCAUUAAGAGUUUUGAUGAGGCUGCCCAUACUUGGUUGCUGCAAUAUGACCCUAGGACUUGGAGUAGGGCUCAUUUCUCACCACACACCCAGUCAGAUGCUCUACAAAACAACAUAUGUGAGUCUUUCAAUUCUUACAUUCUUAGAGCUAGAGAUUUGCCUAUCCUAAGUAUGUUUGAAUGGAUUAGAAAACGGUUAAUGAAAAGGUUUCAUGUGAAGUACACUGGGAUGGUGAAAUACAAGGGGGCAAUCUGUCCUAACAAACAAGACCUUCUAGAAAAAUACAAGUAUGAGAGUAGGAAUUGUUUUUGCACACCAGCUGGUGACAAGCUUUAUGAAGUAGAAUAUUUUGAUAGAAGCUAUGUGGUCAACUUGAAUGAAAGAAGUUGCACAUGUAGAAUGUGGGAUUUAAAUGGUAUCCCCUGCAAACAUGGAGUGUCUGCUAUUUAUGCCAAUAGAGAAAAACCUGAGGAGUAUGUGAGUCCUUAUUACUCAAAAGAAACCUACCUGGCUGUGUAUAACCAUAUGAUCCACCCUGUCCCUAGUAAAGAAGAGUGGGAAACCACUGACUACCCUGACAUCAAGGCACCCAUUCCAAGAAAGCCAGCUGGUAGACCAAAGAAAAAGAGAAUUAGAGCUCCUGAAGAAACAAGGAAUCCAUAUAAGGUUUCUAGGUCUGGGAAACAGGUUGUUUGUGGUAAUUGUAAGCAGGUGGGCCAUAAUGUAAGAGGAUGUAAGACAUCCCUUACAGGAGAAACCCCAUGGCAGAGAAGAAUGAGGCUAAGAAAACAAAAGUCUUCCACAGGAGGAGGCCAAGAACCUGAUGCUCAUGAAGCUGAAAAUGCAGAUUCUCAUGUCAACACUCAGGUUGUGCAGACCACCAGUGAAUCAGUCCCCAUUGCUUCCACUCCAAAUGCAACAAGUUCAAGAAAAAGAAGAAAUACUUCUAGUUCUCAACCACAACAAACUUCAUCAAGAAGAAUUACCAGAUCUUGCAGUUCACAACCACCACAGUCCCUGGACAAACAUUGUUGAACAUGGGGGUGCUUCAAUUUGAAUAGAUGUCAUAUAAUUGCUGAGAAGAUGUCUGGGCUUAAUGUUAUUGUGAUGUAAUUGUAAUUGUAACUAUGAUGAAUGUAGCAGACAAUUUGUAAUAUCAGAUGGAUUGGUUUUUGCAGUUAUUUUGCUGAAAUGUAAUGUGUACUAUGUAUUGGAUGGAUUUUAGCAAUGAAUGUAUGGUCUGUCUGGGCACACAUUGCUUUGGUUUAUCUUAAAAGGCUGGAACUGUGUACUUGUUGUUUUGGAUGGAAUCAAAUGAGUAUGGGUCAGAUUGUUAUGUUUCAG